CUGGCUGUUUGCAUGUUGGAAAACAACAUUCCUUGCUGGAAAUUAUAACUCGCACUGUGGGAAGAAAAUGGGUUGUACCAGUUAGUGCCCAACACAAAUUCCCAAAUAUGGAUAAGGAAUCAAUUUUGAAAGAAGUAAACAGUUGUGGAAUAAUCCCCGCUGAGACUCUGAGAGAGAGCAAAAGAGAGAGCAUGAAAAUGAGGCUAAAGAUUGACUGCACGUCCUUUUCCGUCAUCUCCACGCACAACAGACCUGCUGACUGUUCUUUCUGGUUAAUAAUGCUUGUGGGCUAGAAGUGAGAGUGGCUGGGCAGAGCAACAUCAGGAAGGCCACCAGACUGGAAGAGCACUGCUGCCCCCAUCCAAUUAGGGCAGCUGUUGAGUGGAAAGCAUGGAAGAAAGUGGGACUGAGAAGGUGAACCAAGCCCAUGUUCUCUUUGACAGAUUUGUACAGGCCACAACCUGUAAGGGGACUCUGAAAGCUUUCCAAGAGCUUUGUGACUACCUAGAGCUGAAGCCCAAGGACUAUCGGUCUUUCUAUCAUAAACUCAAAUCCAAACUCAACUACUGGAAAGCUAAAGCCCUCUGGGCCAAGUUAGACAAGAGGGGCAGCCACAAAGACUACAAGAAGGGGAAAGCAUGCACCAACACGAAGUGUCUCAUAAUUGGGGCUGGACCCUGUGGCCUUCGUACAGCCAUCGACCUGUCCUUUCUAGGAGCCAAGGUGGUGGUCAUAGAAAAGCGGGAUGCCUUCUCACGUAACAAUGUGCUGCACCUGUGGCCAUUCACCAUACACGAUUUGCGGGGCCUUGGCGCCAAAAAGUUCUAUGGCAAGUUCUGCGCAGGAGCCAUCGACCACAUCAGUAUCCGUCAGCUCCAGCUUAUCCUCUUGAAGGUUGCCUUGAUCUUGGGAAUAGAGAUCCAUGUCAAUGUGGAAUUCCAGGGACUUGUUUAUCCCCCUGAGGACCAGGAGAAUGAGAGGAUAGGCUGGCGUGCACAGGUCCACCCAAAAACACACCCGGUAUCAGAAUAUGAAUUUGAAGUGAUCAUUGGAGGAGAUGGCAGGAGGAACACUUUAGAAGGGUUUCGCCGGAAGGAGUUCCGUGGUAAGCUGGCAAUUGCUAUCACAGCAAAUUUCAUCAACCGCAACACCACAGCAGAAGCCAAAGUGGAGGAGAUAAGUGGUGUAGCCUUCAUAUUCAACCAGAAGUUCUUCCAGGAUCUGCGAGAAGCCACAGGUAUUGACUUGGAAAACAUUGUCUACUACAAAGAUGACACUCACUACUUCGUCAUGACUGCCAAAAAGCAGAGUUUGCUGGACAAAGGGGUGAUACUGCAUGACUUCGCUGACACAGAGUUGUUACUCUCAAGGGAGAAUGUGGACCAGGAGGCUUUGCUUAACUAUGCCAGGGAAGCUGCUGACUUUUCCACCAAUCAGCAGCUGCCAUCACUGAACUUUGCCAUUAAUCACUAUGGGCAACCAGAUGUAGCCAUGUUUGACUUCACUUGUAUGUACGCAUCAGAGAAUGCAGCGAUGGUGCGAGAGCAGAAUGGCCAUCAGCUGCUUGUGGCUUUAGUUGGGGACAGUCUGUUAGAGCCAUUCUGGCCGAUGGGAACUGGAAUAGCCAGGGGCUUUCUGGCUGCCAUGGAUUCUGCUUGGAUGGUACGAAGCUGGUCUCAGGGAACUAGCCCUUUGGAGGUCCUUGCAGAGAGAGAAAGCAUUUACAGGCUGCUGCCUCAGACCACUCCUGAGAAUGUGAGUAAAAACUUCAGCCAGUACAGCAUCGAUCCUGUCACCCGGUAUCCCAAUAUCAACAUCAAUUUCCUGCGGCCAAACCAGGUGCGCCACUUGUACGAUACAGGAGACCUGAAAGACAUUCAUCUGGAAAUAGAGAACAUGGUAAACUCCAGGACACCAAAGCUGACCCGGAAUGAGUCUGUAGCUCGUUCUAGUAAAUUGCUUGGUUGGUGCCAGAGGCAGACUGAUGGGUAUGCUGGUGUGAAUGUGACAGAUCUCACAAUGUCAUGGAAGAGUGGCCUAGCCUUGUGUGCCAUUAUCCACAGAUACCGUCCUGACUUAAUAGAUUUUGAUUCUCUGGAUGAACGCAAUGUGGAGAAGAACAACCAGCUGGCAUUUGACAUUGCUGAAAAGGAGCUUGGAAUCUCUCCUAUCAUGACCGGCAAGGAAAUGGCAUCUGUUGGAGAGCCAGACAAGUUGUCCAUGGUGAUGUACCUCACACAGUUCUAUGAGAUGUUCAAGGAUUCCAUCCCUUCCAGUGAGACCUUGGAUCUGAAUGCAGAAGAGAGAGCUGCUCUAAUUGCCAGUACCAAAUCUCCCAUCUCUUUUCUUAGCAAACUGGGGCAGAGUAUCUCCCGGAAACGAACUCCAAAGGAUAAAAAGGAGAAGGAACUGGAUGGUGCAGGAAAGAGGAGAAAGACCAGCCAGUCAGAGGAUGAGGAAGCCCCCCGAAGCUAUAGGGAAGAGAGGCCUACGCUUGUGAGUGCCCUGACAGAGAGGAGAAUUGAUGCUGCCAUCGGGAACCAAAACAAGGUGAAAUCCAUGGCAACACAGCUACUGGCCAAAUUCGAGGAGAAUGCACCGGUGCAAUCCACAAGUUUACGGAGACAGGAGCGUGUUCACAACCAACUAUCCUGCAGACAGCGAGAGCAGGGCCGCCUUGCUCCCAUGCCUCAGUGGAAACAGCUGAGGAAUAAAGAGCGUUCACGGACCUGCCCUAAAAAAGUGAUCAUGCUCUCUUCUUCCUCUACUCCACCUUCCUCUCCAUCGUAUCCCAGACAGCAGAUAAACAGGGAGCCUGGUGCUGACCCCCUUGGGGAGCAGAGUCCCAGACAGGAAAGGAGAUAUCCUCGUUUUUUUUCUGGUGACCAAGUGCCUGAGCAAGCAUUGAAUGUUGAGCAGAGGGCUUGCCAGCUGGCUGCCCUCCUGGAGCCGAGGCCGCCAAUCAGGCAACAGACAGAGACUGAACCGUCUCGUCGAUUCUUUGUUGACCAGUGGGAGCGCUCCCUUAGCCUCCGCACUUCCAACCGCCCUUCUUCACCCUCAUCUGACUCUCUUCGACAGAAGUAUAUAAAGAUGUACACAGGCGGAGUGAGCUCAUUGGCUGAGCAGAUAGCCAAUCAGCUUCAAAGGAAAGAACAGCCCAAAACCCUUCUAGACAAGAAGGAACUGGGCUCGCUCAAAAAGGAAUUCCCCCAGAACUUGGGAGGCAGCGAUGUCUGUUACUUCUGUCGCAAGCGGGUCUAUGUGAUGGAGAGGCUAAGUGCUGAAGGCAAAUUUUUCCACCGCAGCUGCUUCAAGUGCGAAUACUGCGCCACCACCCUUCGCUUAUCAUCUUACGCCUACGACAUUGAAGAUGGUAAAUUCUACUGCAAACCUCACUACUGUUACCGACUCUCUGGUUAUGCUCAGAGGAAGAGACCAGCAGUGGGUCCUCUGUCAGGAAAGGACAACAAAGGAUCCCUGCAGGACACAAUGGCAGCUGAAGCAAGUGGACGGGCAAAUUCCAUAGUCAUUUCAGCAGAGAGGACUCCAGGGCCUAAUGUCAAUGGACUGGAGGAGCCCAGCCUUGCCAAGAGACUGCGUGGCACACCUGAGCGGAUUGAGCUGGAGAAUUACCGGCUGUCACUGCAGCAGGAAGAGGAACUGGAAGAGGUUCCCGAGGAGACGCUGGCAGAGCAUAACCUGAGCAGUGUACUAGACAAAGGAACAGAAGAGGAUGUGCCCAGCAGUAGUUCAGAAUCUGAAAUGGAGGAAGAGGAGGAGGAGGAGGAGGAGGAAGGGGAACUACUGCAGCCCCAGCUACCUACCUCAGACCUGGGAGGUGUGCCCUGGAAAGAAGCUGUGCGAAUCCAUGCCCUUCUGAAGGGGAAGAGUGAGGAAGAGCUUGAAAGUCAGAAAAACCAUGAGGCUGAAAACAGGGAAGAGGGGGAAGAAGAAGAGGAGGACGAAGAAUCUAGUGAAGAGGGAGAGUAUUACCCUUGGGAGAGAGAGCUCCAACAAGGCCUCUGGCUUCAACGACUGUCAAAUGAAGAGGACACGGGUACUUUUAAAGCUGGAAACCUGAGGCUACAGCAGAUUGUAAAUCCAAUUGAUCCCCUGGAGAUCCUGGCAGAUGUGCACUGGACACACAUCCGCGAGAAAGAGGAGGAGGAAAAAAUGGUCCCAGUUUCAAAGUCCUCCACCUCCAGAGCAUCCGACCUUCCCUCGGUACGCCUUGAGGCGGUGCAGGCAUGGCUGGAGACGUUCCCUGGAGCCCCAUUUGAGGAGAAUGAAGUGGAGGACGAGGUGUGCACAGAGCCUGCAGAUACAGAAGGAGAAGCAGGUGAAGAAGGAGACACAGGUGCAGAGCUGGACGAUGAUCAAAGAUGGUCAGAUGACAUCCCAUCUGAGGCAGAAGAUGAGUGUCACUUACCUCAAGGGGACAUGAAAGAGCCAGAAUUGAAAGUCUUCGAAGAUGAGGAUGAGCUAAAAGCCGCUGCUCCUUGCAGUCUGACAGAAGAUCCAUGCAAACCUUCCACCCUCAUCUGCUCACCCAAGGAGAGUUCUAUUCCUCUGUCCCCAGUUGGGAGUCCCAGCACAGAAAAAAUAGAGAAUGUAAAGGAUUCCCUCACAGUACUGCCUUGCAUGGACAGAUCUCCAGAGAAACGCUUUUUUCCUGAACCGUUCAUCAUUGAAGAAAAUCCAAAAGAUGAAAUCCUUGAAGAUCAGACAGUUAAAAGCCCUUCUGUUUCUGUUUCUCUUUCUCCAAUACGGUCCCAACCAGUUGCGUUGCCAGAAGCCAUCACACCUACAUCACCAGCACAGUCUCAGCCAGCAACACCUCUGUUGGCUUCAUCCCCCCCCUCUGUCCAGUUGCCUAUCUGUUCCCAGCCUCUGCCAUCUGCGGAAGCACCCAUUCCAUCUCCAGUGGAACCUCCAGUGUGCUUUCAGCCUGCACCAGCCUUAACAUCCACUCCUCUAGUCCAACUUGCCCUGAAGAGUCAAGAUAAUGAGGUGGAAAAAUUGGGGAGCCCUACUUCUGCAGAAGAAGCCUUGAAACGGAACAAUCUCGUAGAGGAGUUCUGGAUAAAGAGUGCUGAAAUCCGGAAGAGUCUAGGGCUCAUGCCAGUGAACAGAAGCAAAGUGUCAGAGCCUAGCUUUACUGUCUCAGCCCUUGAGUCAGCUCCACUGAGUGUUUCAGAGGAGGAAGUGAUCCAUCUUGUAAAACCCCAGCCUGCCCCAAGAAGGCUCAUCAUGUCCAAGUUAGACAAUGAGCAAUUGUCUCUGCUGACUCCAAAAUCUCCCUCAGACAAAGAGCUGAAGAGUUCCAAUGAAGUAAAGAGAGAUCUAUCCAGCAGCUCUGGAUUGGGUCUGCAUGGGAGCUCAUCCAACAUGAAGACAUUGGCUAGCCAGAGCUUCAAUACUUCUGAUUCUACUAUGCUCACUCCACCAUCAAGCCCUCCUCCACCACCUCCUCAAAAUGAAGCUCCAGCAACUUUGCGUAGAAAGAGGCAUCAGACAAUUUGGCAGAGUGAGACAGAGUCUAAGCCAGCACCAGCACCAGCACCAACACCUCCUGCUCCCUUACCUUAUGAGCACAACCCUCCUGCCAAAGAGUCAACCCAGGCCUCAAAAGAAGAGGUGCGGAAGUCGUUUGUGGAGAGUGUGGAUGAAAUUCCAUUUGCUGAUGACGUAGAAGACACUUAUGAUGAGAGAACUGAGGAUACAAGUCUUCAUGAUAAGUUCUUCACGCCCCCUACCAGUAGGCAAAGGCCAGAGAAGCCUCUUCACCUGCCAUUGGUCAAAGAGAAUGGAGGACCACUAUCAAUGGAAGGAGGAGCAAACCAAAGAAAGAGGGUGCUACCCCAAAUCUCUCCAGAAGCCAAGGAGCUAGCUGAGGAAAGAAUGAGAGCCCGAGAGAAGUCUGUAAAGAGUCAGGCAUUGCGAGAUGCCAUGGCUAAACAGUUGUGUAAGAUGAAAGAUCUGGAGAUGGCUGCAGCUGCUGGGGCCACCAAGGCACGGAAAGCCUCCUCCAUGCCUUUGAAGCCCAAAGAGAUGGAUUUUGAGUCCUCGGGACGUUUGGCCAUUAAAGUUGUAGAGGGCCCCACACUGAAACAUGAUGCUGCUAAUGAAAGAUUCCUCUCUCCCCCUGCUGAUGUUGCUGGGCCAGAAGGGUCUGUCACCUCCUCAGAGGGCUCCAGUGGGAAAAGUAAGAAAAGGACUUCUCUCUUCUCCCCUCGUAAGAACAAAAAGGAGAAGAAAUCCAAGAACGACAGCAGACUUUCUGACAAAUCCAGUGGUGUUGCUGAGGAAGCCACCAAGCCCAGAUCAUUGUGGAAGUCUGUUUUUUCUGGGUACAAGAAAGAUAAGAAGAAAAAGACUGAUGACAAAUCUUGCCCUAGCACUCCCUCCAGUGGUGCCACAGUGGACUCUGGGAAGCACAAGGUUUCCCCAAUGGUUAGAGCAGCAGAUUUGCAGCUCCGUCGACACCUAAGCUUCUCGGAGGACUCGGACCUCUCCAGUGAUGAUGUUCUUGAACGAUCUUCUCAGAAGUCCAAGCGAGAGUCGAUUUAUGUACCACACGCCCUGGCAUUCAAGAGAUCAUACUCGUCAAAGAGAGCCUACACUGAGGAGGAGCUGAACGCCAAACUGACCAGACGAGUGCAGAAAGCUGCCCGGCGACAAGCAAAGCAGGAGGAGCUAAAGAGGUUACACAGAGCCCAGAUCAUCCAACGGCAGCUGGAGCAGGUAGAAGAGAAGCAGAGGCAGCUGGAGGAGAGAGGGGUUGCUGUGGAAAAGGCCCUUAGAGGAGAAGCAGACUAUUGGGGCGAGUCUUAUUACAGUGACCUCAUCGACUUGCACCUGGGUGUUGACCCCAAUGCCGGGACACCACGUCGUAGACCUCUCUCCUUCUGCCCUUGCUGUGCCCAUGAAGGCAUGGGGAAGAAGGAUGAUCCGAAGCUGAUGCAGGAGUGGUUCAAGCUGGUGCAGGAGAAGAAUGCUUUGGUUCGCUAUGAGUCUGAGCUGAUGAUAUUUGCUCGAGAACUGGAGCUGGAAGAUAGGCAAAGCCGGCUACAGCAGGAACUCCGGGAAAGAAUGGCUGUGGAAGAUCACCUGAAAACAGAUGAGGAGCUGUCAGAAGAGAAGAGGAUCUUGAAUGAGAUGCUAGAAGUGGUGGAGCAGAGAGACUCUCUGGUGGCCCUACUUGAGGAGCAGCGGCUUCGAGAAAAAGAAGAAGACAAGGACCUGGAAGCUGUUAUGCUGUCCAAGGGCUCUAGCUUGAACUGGUCCUGAGCUAACAUACUCACCUCAGCUGGUCUGUGCUACCCAGUUGGCCUACACUGAGUUUGCCAGAACUACCUGGAUCGAGAGAUCUUGAGUGAGGAAACCUUGCUAAGGGUUCUGCAGCAUGCAGGAAUUCAGUUUGAAGCACCCAGAAGCCUUCUGAUAAGUGGCUUGGCUCUAGAGGCGUGGAUCCCACACUAUGUCUGCAAACCAAGCUGAAGAUAAGAUGGUGGCCUGAGAUUGCACUGUGUCCUUGAGGUCCUAUACAAGGGGCCAUUAGGGUUUUGUGAUGUGAGGCAAAAGGGUAAACUUUUUGUAGAGGAAGGGUUUAAUACCUUUCAAUGGGGGAAGAACCCUGACCCAAACUGGAUUUGCUGCAAUCUGAUCUCUCUCCCUUUUUCACUACUAGCAUUUUUUUAAUAAGAGGGAGAGAAAUGGCUACCCUCUCCUGAAACUACAGCAGCCUGUAGCAGUCCCUGGGGGAGUUAACCAUUUAAAGGAGAGCUCUCAAAGGCCAGAGCAGCACCUUCUUUGUUUUGUUCUUCCUCCCCACCAAAGAAACAAACCUGAAGCGAUUAUUGUGCAUGGAUGUGAAGGAUACUGGAAAGAGAAAACAUUGGUGGCGUGUUUGUUUGAAACCUCUUCUGCCCAUUCUGGCUUUUUUUGUACUCUCCAGAGUUGUGAUUAUGAGAAGGAGAGGGGAAUUCUCCCCCACUUUGCUAUACACUGGACAGAGAGCUACUGCUGGUCUUGUGUGUUCAUGGCCACUGUUCAGAGGCUAAUGAGUUUCUCUGUUUUGUUUUUUGUUGCGACCAUUUUGACACUGGAAAAUGCUUUGUGGGACAAUGGUAAGUGUUUUGAGGGGGGGUCAUUAAACGGCAUUCCCUGGCUUUUAAACCAAGAGAGGGAGCCCCUUCUGGAUGAACAUUGAGACGCUUCAAUUGUUUGGGUGUUUCUCCCUCUAUUUCAUUUUUGCACAUCAGAAAUGAAGCUUAAGACCUGCUUGGGCCCUCAGUCACCUUGACCCUUUUAUGUCGAUUAACUUAUUUUUUUAAUACUUGAAAGAAGAUUCAUUUUUGUACCUUUUAAGAAACAAAUGGACAAGUGAGUGAUGGGUGUUUGCCUACUGCAUCCCACAACCUCUGCUUCUAUGUUAUAAUACUCUUGUUACCUGUGGCUAUUUAUUAAUAUUGUUAUUAAUAAUGUAUUGUUACACUUCUUGAAUCAGGGAGGAGUGUAUGUUGUAACUCCAGGAGAGCAAGACACUACUAUAGAUUGGUUCCUGCUUUGCAUACAGGGAAGAAUUCAUGGACCCAGGUAUGCAUCCUGUCCUGGCCUAGUCCUUUUAAUGGUGAACUCUUGCAUAUCCAUGGAGCAAUGAAAAACCUGUAGUGUAUAUAACAAAUCCCGUGUUCCCUCUCUCAGAUCUCUGGACUAACAGCCUGUAAAUUAAUAGUUUGUAACAAGAAAGCCAAAACUGUGACCUAAAAAUUAUCCCCCCCCCACCAAUCUCUGACUGGUGAACCCUGCCACUGUAAGAGCUAUCUAGAGUGACAUCCAGCUAAGCAAAUUCAGCACAAUUCUUUCUGCCUCUGCCAGUGUGGUCCUCUCCCAGAGCUGCUACCUUUGAUCCAGGAGGAUGCCCAUUGUACUCCUACUUGCAGUAGUGGGCAGGACCUAAUCCACAUGUGUUUUUUUUAAAAAGAAGAAGAAAGAAAAACAAUUAAAAACCAAAACUGGGGCCUUUUUUACAAAAUAAAAAGCAGUAAAGGGCAUACUUUGUAUUUGAGUUCACUUACAUUUUAAGAAAAUCCAUCACAUAAGCACUAAUUAAAUGAUUUAUUUUUUAGAAUGAAAUAUAUAGACUCUCGUAUCUGGGUGCAUGUUUUCAAACUACCUGCUUUUGCAAGUGAAUCCGAGUAAGAUGUUCUAACUCUGUGAACUUGUAGAAUGAAUAACAACAUGACUGUGGCAAUGUGCACUGAGUGAUAUGUGCUGCCUUGAAUGUGAGGAUGGCAAGCCUGCAGCCUCAGAGAAAUGUGCCUCUGUUAGUACAAGUGCAUGCCUCCAUUUUUGGUAACAACCAUACCAUGGGCUGGCUCAGCAGUCUGUGCAGUUUGGUGAAAGCUGAGUUUGGAACUUAAGUGCUAUUUCUAUUCCUAAACAGGCUGAGACUGGGAACAUGCAGGAGGCAGGAUACUCAGUCCCUGGGGAGGAAGGAGUUGCUGGCUUCAAACCGCUCAGAUGUGGAGGGAGGAUAAUCCAGCCCUGGGCUAGAGGGACAGGUUCAUCCUAAUUUAAAGCCCUACCCUUUGCUAGGGAGAGAAAAGAAUAAGAGGAAAUGGGGUGAGACUCCUCAGCCAAUUUUGGAGCAGUACAAAUAAUUUUAAAACUGAUCUCCGAGCAAAAAUCUCAUCUCAGGAACAAGAAUAUCUUUUAAUAUGGAUUCUUAUUUAAGUAAUUCAAUGACUGCAAAAGCUGGCUUGUGUCCUGAGCACCAGCCCCUGCUACCCCUGUGAUAGGUGGCCUGAAGUGGUUCUUUGAAAAGAAACUAGCAUUUCAGAUGAAAAAUUAAUUUUAGGAAUUGGAUGGGGUAGGGAUUGAUUUGAGAUUUAAAAAGCAAACUGCAUCAGCUGGUUAUAAUCUCUUAGGCUACGUCUAGACUACAAACCUUUUGAAAGAAAGCAUCUAGACUGCAACCACUUCUUUCGAAAAAGUGAGUCGCUUUUUCGAAAGAGAGCACCCAGGCAGUCUGGAUGCUCUCUUUCGAAAAAGCCCGGUUUGCAUUCAAGAACGCCUUUUUUCAAAAGUGUUCUUUCAAAAAAAGGUGUUCUUCCUCAUAAAAUGAGGUUUACCAUGGUUGAAAAAAAGCCACAUUCGUUUGAUUUAAUUUUGAAAGAAUGCAACUGCAGUGUAGACACAGGGGAAGUUUUUUAGAAAAAAGUCCACUUUUUUUGGAAAAAACAAAACAAAACAAACCCUGUAGUCUAGACACACCCUGAGGGUAUGUCUCUGCUACAGGGAGGAGUGAGCCUUCCAGCCCAGGUGGACAGACACAGACUUAGCUCUGCAUGAACUAGCAUGCUAAAAAUAGCACAGUGGACAUUGCAGCACUGGCUUGCCAGCCAUGGACCAGCUGGUCCAACCUAAGGAUGUUAACUAGCAGUUAAUUGCGUAGUUGAUGGAAUUUCCAUCGACUAGUUGAUGGGCACUUCUGCAUUCCUCCUUUGAAAUGUACAAGAGCCCCCAGUGGGAUUUCAAAGGAGGAAUGCAGAACUCUGCAUGCAGACCUGGAUCAGCGGGAAGUCCCACUGACUCUGGGCUGCAUGCAGGUGCCAGCUUUGAAAUGUACAGGAGUCCCCAGCGGGGGCUUUUGUGCAUUUCAAAGCGGAAACGCCCUCAUGGAGCCCAGGGUCAGCAGGGGGACUCCAUGCUGCACUGCCGAUUUGAAAUGCCACGUGGAGCCACUUUGAAGGUACCCCCUCUUCCUCCUCCGCCCCCCCUCCCCAACCCCUUAGCUGCCUCUAUCUGAUGGAGUCAGCAAAGGGGAGGGAAUCGAUGAGUCAACUGGCUAUCUGGUAAGUAUUUGCUUAUAGGAUAGUCAUCUAGUCUUUAACAUCCUUAGUCCAACCCUGGUGGCUUGCUCCUACUGUCAGCGUUGCCACAGUGUCCAUGCUGCUGUUUUUAGCAUGAGAGCUUAAGCAGAGCUAGUGUAUCUCUACUUUCAUUGCAAGGCGCGUUCCAAGCUGCGGUAUGGACAUAUCCUUAGUGCCUGAUCCUGCAAACUAUGUACUACUAAGCAUAUGACCACUGAGAAGAGCCCCUUCAGGGGUACGCUACACAGUAGUAAGAGCUAUGUGUUUGCGGCUUUGGGCACUGAGCUAAAUAGAUAGUUCAUAAUUUUUCAAACCAACUGCUAGAAUCUCUGCCACUUCUUCAGUUUCUCCACCAUAAGGGGAUUAUCUUUCUCAGUAGCUCCUACCCCUUUUGAGGCUGCAUCUCAGGGUUCUCAUGCUGAUACAGAGUAGGGCUGCAUGUAUUUCACUGUUAGAAAGUGCCUAAGAUGCAAAGUUUCCUAAUUAUGAAGCUCUAUAAUAUAAACAAACAUUAAAGUAAAUAAAAAUACAUAUUUUAUAAGACUUACCUUACAACUUUGAAGGUUUGCUGUACUUUCUAAAGGCAGUGCUGAUCCCUUCAGCCCUAUGUUAAUUCAUCCUGGCUUUUUGUUUGGUACUUAAUUGUUUUUCAAUUCUAUUUAAGAUAUUUAACUUUUUUUGUUUUACUCAUUUACUCUUCUUCUCACUGAGCUUAGGAUAUUUCAUAUUAUAGCAUAGUCUUCCAAGAAUAGCUCCCUCCCACCUGAAGCAAUGUGAUUUCAGAGUUGUAUGUCAGCAAUGUGAUCUCUGUUGGGACCUGGUGUACAGCCCUGCCAGGUGUGAACUGUAGGAUGCAAAGAGCUCCAUGGUUUUUAAUUUCCUUUGUCUGAAAGAGACCAUUAAAAACAGACCUUCAGGGCAGUAUCCUUGGCUCAUGUGGUCAGUAACAAAAGCUCCCUCCCUCUCCAUUCCCAACACCCAUCCAGUAAUCCCGCCCUCCCCAGACAGUCUGAACUACAACAAAGCAGGAAUAAAUAGGGCCCUAAUGUUACUCUAAGGAAAAACUCACUAAAUCCUUUUCCUUUAAUAGUUUUGUUGUUUGUUCAUGACUGUAUUGGUAUGAGAAAAGUUGCUGUGGUUAAAUAAUCUAAAUUUUAUAUGCCUGUCUGAUGCACUGUGCCCUGAUUCCUUUGACUAGUCCUAUAAAAUGAAAUUAAAUAAUCCCCAUCUUGAGAAAUGGCUCCCUCUGCUACAGGUCUCUCUGCAUUAGAGAUGUUCCCCCAAUCACUGGAAAGGUAAACAUUCACAAACUGCCCAUUCAAUAACCACUUUCCCACCUCUUCCCUUGUGUCUGAAAUUCCAGUAAAACUGCAAUAGAGCUAAUCUUGAAGAAAGGGUGCUGGCUCCUAUCCCCAAUGGAGGCAUUGUGAGCCCCCAAAGCAGAUGGUAACUAGCCAUAGUGGGAGUGUGGCUUUCAUGUGCAGAAGCUGGACAGAGACACCGUGUCCUAAAUGAGAUGAUUAAGUCUUCAUUGUUGAGGGAUGGGAAAGUCUACGUUGGGGGCUGCUUUAGCUUUUUAAAGCAAUCUGUGGACAAACAGGAGUCAGGCGCUCUCGGAUGGAAAGAAGUGGUUGAUUUCUGACUGCUGCAGUGUUGAGGUGCUUCUUCUUAGGAUUUAGGGGAACAGGAAACAGUGGCUUCAUAUUUCUUAAUGUACUUUUUGGGCUGAGCUGAAAAAUAGCGGGGGCCUGAUUCAUGGAGGGGUAAUGUAUUCUGGGUGGAGUUAAAUUCUCCAGUGCCUGGGAUGAGGUUCCCCUGAAAUUCUGAGCAGAGUUGGACUCCCCUUUACCUAGAGUAGGAAUUCACACCCUCACUCUGAGGGGCAAAUUAGAUGAGGGCAACCUGUGCUCUGGGCUGGGAUCAGAUUGAAAAGUGGGGGAUCAUUCUUUCAGAGUUGCAACUUGGUGAAGCCACUAAAGGGUUGUGCCUUGUUCCUUCCCUAUCCCAUGCCUGCUCUGGAAAUCAUUCAUCCAGAGGAAAACUGUGCAAGGGGAAGAACAUGAAUAUCUUUUACCUUUAAUUUCCAAAUACAAUUUUAUCUUUUUAGCUUAAUCAAAAUCCCAUUUGUCCAAUUGGAACUAGAGAGUGGGCCUUCUUGUUGCAAGCUCCUUUGCUAAACAUAUAUGGAUAGGAUUAUAAAGCAACAGCAGAUUUUAAAACAGUCACAUGAAUCUGUUUUCUCUCCCUCUGUUUUCAAAUUUCCUGUAAAUAUUUUGUAUGUUGGCUGUGCAAACACCAAUGGAUCCAUCGUUCCCUGGCAGUUAAAAAAAAAUAGUUUUGCAGUGUCCAGGCCUCCAUCAAAACACAAAGCUUGCAUAGAGCUAGUUAGCAUGUUUGUCUGCACUCCAGAGAGUUUUUGAUAUUUUUAUACAUCUAAAUCAAUAACAUUUUGGAGUAUUUGAAAGAUCUAGAUUGCAUGAUCUAGAGUAGCUGUCGGUUCUGUUUUUUUUACCAGUUGAUCUUUAAAUAUUCACUAUCACCUCUUUUGGUUAAAACUUUUUAAAUGAAUUUGUGAUUAACUGUUUACAUGAGAUGCUGAUGGAUAAGAAGUGUUGCAUACUUUAAUCUCAAAUGUAACAAUGUGAAAAGCCACAAGGUGGCUCUCAGGAGUUGGAAUUGUUAACAUCUGCAAUAAAAAGAAGUCUCCCAGAGUACCAUGAAAUAGCUUGUAUAUAAUUCAUGGGAGAGAUCAUAUCCUCCUUGACUGAGGCAAGGUAACAGAGAUUAGAUGUUUUCUGCUUUUGGAGCUGUUUAGGACGGUGCUAUAUAGGCAGGGUAGUUGAACAGACAAGGAUGUCAUGAAAGGUGUAGAUGUGAAGGGGAAAAGGCCAUGUUGUGAUGGCACUGCAGUAAUUUAAAUAAUCUCUCUGUCUCUCUCUCUCUCUCUAUGUAUGUGUGUAUAUGUAUAUAUAUAUAUAUGUAUAUGUAUAUGUAUGUGUGAGGUCCAGCCCAGUUGAAGAGAUUUGCUUUGGCACCUUCCCAUUGGGAUGUGAGUGAACUCUGAUAUUCAGACUGUUCAAGGCUUUGUAUAGUUGGUGAAUGUGGAGUGUUAACAGGAAAGUGUGUACCCUAUAUGUAUAAAACAUCCACCCUGUCUGGUUUGGUUUGGUUUGGUUUGGUUGUGUGUUACUUUUUUUGUUUUUAUGCACACUUGCUUUUGUUGGUGUUGAGAUUUUAGCACCUCAAGUGGCCAACUGAACUAAAAAAUAAAGUCAUUCAUUAUUUUU